GAGCUUAACCCCUUCUGAGCCUCGAGAGAGCCGACCAGGACGCAGAGCCAGAGGGCCACUCCGGCCAGGACAAGCACGUGGUGGUGGAGACGGGAGGGACAGCCUCAUGGGAGAAGGAGGAGGAGGAGGAGGAGAGACCAGGAGCUAGCCGACCCUCCACCGCAAGAGCUCCCCCCCCUCCGAGGAUGAAAGCGCAGAGCUGAGGGGUCCUGACACAAAACGACGCCCCCAGUUCCACUUGCCCCCCCCAGCCAUGUCCUUCGCCAUGCUGCGCUCGCCCCCCAGCCGAUACCUGUACCCCGAGAUCAGCAUGCUGUCGGAGGAGGACGAGGAGAACGGCAGCGAGAGUUCUGGGUCGGAGGGGAAGCCCUACCACCUGGAUGCCGGCGGCUACGGGCUCAAGACGGCCAAGCGCAGAAGCAGCAAGAAGCCCAGCCGGAUCAACCGGGAGCCCCGCCAGCGCCACACGGCCAACGCGCGGGAGCGGGACCGGACCAACAGUGUCAACACGGCCUUCACUGCCCUACGGACGCUCAUCCCCACGGAGCCGGCGGACCGCAAGCUCUCCAAAAUCGAGACCCUCCGCCUGGCCUCCAGCUACAUCUCGCACCUGGGCAACGUCCUCCUGGUGGGGGAGGCCUGUGGCGACGGGCAGCCCUGCCACACCACCCCGGCCUUCUUCCACCACAGCACCGGCGGCGGCAGCAGCAGCAGCAGCCCGCCCACGCGGGAAAGCGAGAACUCCCAGCCCAAGCAGAUCUGCACUUUCUGCCUCAGCAACCAGAGGAAGAUGAGUAAAGACCGAGACAGGAAGACGGCAAUUCGGAGUUAGACGGGUUAUGGACUCAGAAAGGAGGAGGCGAAGCAGGAGGAGAGGGAAGACGGGAAAGCCACACAUGCCAAACAGAGACAGACAGAGACUUCCGGCCUGCCCCCAGUUGCCACGUGGGUCUACCCAGGACGGCCUCACAGCAGCCUGUUCCAGAGGAGAGACUGACUCCCUCCGGGCCUAGGCUGGGCUCUCCAGCAAGGCCAGCGAAGAAGGG